AUGGCAGGUGUGCAGCAGGACUCUGCCAUCGAGUAUUUGCUGGCCCUCCAGGCAACCCCUCGCAGCACACCGCGGCGAGCCCCGAUCUGCUGCGCGCCGGGCGCCUUCGCAGUGUGCAGCGUGGAGAAAUGCGGCUGCGUCGAGGAUGUGGCGUGUGCUGAGAUCGAUGAGUCGUUCUCCACACAGGCCUCGGACAUUUCGGAGGAGGCAUCCGCCAGCGGCACGGUAGCUUCGGCGGUGAGGGUGAAGCCCUGGCAGUACGUGGAGGCUUGCUUUAUCUUUCUGUCGGUGGACCCACUGUCAACAUCCAUGGCCCGUCCCAUCGAGCUCCACUUUUAUCUCGCAUGUCGUUUCUCCGCACUGUCCGGCAAUUCUCGAGAAGUCAAGCCUUGGCAUUCUGGGCUCACCGUGGCUUUGGGCUGGAUUGCAAGGGCAAGGGAAUCUGAAGCACACCUAGCUACAGGAUUUGCGGGGCCCGUGGUGCAGUUUCGUCGCAGUGAUGGCCAGACGGCCUUGUCGGGCGACAGGGUGUAG